UUGAUCCUCGCACGUGGCGACAGGUAGUCGCAGUCCGAGCGAGCCUCGCCCGCGGGCGCCGAGCUCGCCGAGGACUCGCUUAAUCUGCAACGACAACUCCAAUCAGCUUGUCGCCGGUGGCGGGACGCGAUCGACGAGGCCGCACGUUUCGUUGGACGUGGGCAACGACGAGAUGAUCCCCUCGCUGUACUCCUCUUCCUCGUCCUGCUCUUGCUCGCCGCUCCUCUCCUUCGGCUGCUGCUUGGAUACCAGGCAAAUGACGACCACGAGGAACGCGCAGACGAAGAGGAACGGCACGAAGUCGGGGGAGAGCUGCUUGGACGCGUGCGCGCGAUGCCGCUUCGACUCAAAAAUUUCAAGGGUUCGCGGCCCGGCCGAGAACCACGUCCGAAGCGUUUCCUUUUUCAACGAUUUGUCAGACGGUCAGUCGGCGCUCGACGAGCGUUCGCGGGACAGCGACAAAUCUACGCACUUGUAAGCAGUGAAGCAGCCGCGCCGGAUCGGGUUGAAAGUUUCGUCCGCGUGUCGCAUCUUUACGGGGCCGCAUGCCGCAGGUAUAGCCUCUGGGACCAGCGCCACUUCUCACCUCAUCUCAGCGACCACGGCAAAAGCACGCAAACAUCGGACGCAAAAUACCCAGCAAAAACAGAGCGGUCAAUUAUACCGUCGUGAAGUUACUGCUGGAGCCACGCUCUUUUUUUCUUUUUUGUAAUUUCGCGCGACAGCAGACAAUGUCGAGUAGCAGACGACUCGUAACCGCACACGCGCCAUGGCCCGCCUGCGGAUAGUAUGUAUAUACAUUAAUUGUAUAUACGUAUAGUAGAAAGUAGAACAGCUGACAUUCAUAACCUCUCGCGAAGGAGAGGAAUGCAGUAACAGCAGGAUUUUUAUAUCGGUAUUUUCAAUUAUGUUUUUUGUGAAAUUAACCUGUUUUGAUAAUAAUUGUUUUAAACGCUGAUAAUAGCGUUGUGUAUCUUACAAUUUUUAUUGUGGAAAUCGUUUGCGUUUAUUUUUAUCGAGCAGAGUAUAAAACUUGUAAACAAAUGCUUAAGGUUUUAUUAAAAACUAUAUCAUGAAUGAUAACGUGAGAUUCAAAAAUAUUUAAAGAAUUUAAUUACAAUUUAUUGUAUAAUGAGAUGUUAUCUUGCAAAUACAACAUGUUCAGUAGAAUAAUUAGAUGGUCUAUGCCAGUGUCUGGUAUUUACAGAUCUUGUAACAAAAGUAAUUUUAUAAAGCAAACUAUUGUACAAUUAGAUCUAUUGCUUGUAUCAAAUAACACAAGAUAUGUCAGCAGUUCUUACACAUUAUUGUUUAGUAAACAAAAUCCAAAAAAGAAGAUUAGUGUCUUGGAUAAUGAAAAUGAAUGUUUGGAGAGUGAUCAACUUAAUAAUGAAACAAACAAGAGGUCUAUAAAGAAAGAACAUGUAGCUGAUAGUGAGGAGCAAGAGGCACUUCGGUCAGAUAAACUCAAAGACAACAGAGAGGAAAGUGUAAAACCAAAAGACAGUGAAGAAUUUGAAAAAAUUGGUAAUAAAGUCAAGGAUGAGUCACAAGAAGAGCAGUCAGAUAAAUCUGAUAAAAAACAUGACAACAGCCAACACAGCGAACAUAAGAGAGAAAGUGUAUUUGCAGGGGAAAUGGUUAUACACAAUUUUGCAAAUGCAAGGAAAAAAGAAAAAGACACAUUUUUAGAAUGUUUAAGAAUGUAUAAAAAUCAACCAGGUAGAAAGCUGGAGCGAGUACCAUUCAUUUAUGCUGCUUUGAAAUACAUGGAUGAAUUCGGAGUAGAAAAAGAUUUGUCAGUCUACAAAGCAUUGAUAGAUAUUUUCCCUAAAGAAAAAAUGAUACCAACAAAUCUGUUUCAAACUAUGUUCAUGCAUUAUCCAAAAGAACAAUAUUGUGCAACAAAUAUUUUGGAAAAAAUGGAAGAUAAUGGAGUCAUACCUGAUCCUGAAAUGGAACUGCUGCUGUUAAGUAUUUUUGGUAGGCAUGGAACACCUUUGGAAAAAUAUUGGAGGAUGAUGUAUUGGAUGCCGAAAUUCAAAAAUCUCAAUCCUUGGCCUGUCCCUAAACCAAUACCCAAUGAUGCAUUCGAAUUAGCUAAAUUAGCUAUAUUUAAAAUAUCAUCUAUUGAUGUUCAGAGUAAGCUCAGUGAAUUCGAUACCAACGAUGUGAAGGAUUCUAUCGAUAAGACAUGGAUAAUAUCUGCUAUAGCUCCUAAACAGAGUGAAUUACUCUUGCAACACGACAAAGAAAAAGCAAUUUAUGUAGAGGGUCCUUUCAAAAUUUACGUCGCUACGAAGUGUGUGGACUAUUUUACUCUUAGGGCAGAUUCUGAUUUAACAAGAGAAUUUCCAAUACCAGAUCUAGAUGCUGUAGAUAAAAUACCCAACCCGUACUUGGAAACCAAUUCAUCGCCUGUCAUCGUUCUCCCUAGUGUACACGAACAACACGACUCCACGGUAUUCGCCAACUGCGCUACGGGAACGUCUACGAAGGAUUCUCUACUCUCGUGGAUUCGUCUGUUGCAAAAGACAAAUCCCGUCAUAGGAGAAAUUCCAGUUGUGUUCCGUCUAACAAAUUACUCCAAUGAGAAAUUAUUUAUCGAGUGUGGUGCUGAGAUCUCCUUGCCUCGAGAAAACGAACCCGAGAACACGGAAGAAGUAGAUAAGAAACUUUUAGAUGAUAAGUGAAUGAAAGAAAUUCUUAUAAUUAUAGUGCGAUAGAUUUUGUAUAUUAAAAGUGUACAUAAGGAUGGUAAGUUUA